AUGAAUUUCUAAAAUAGAUAUCCUUUUAUUGGAAAGUCUAAACAUUAUGCUUUCAUAUAUUUUUCAUCUCAAGAAGAGGCUUGUAAAGCUAAAAAAGGUAUGAAUUAUAAAUAACUUUUAAGAGAGCCUAUGCAUAUUACUUAUAUAUAAGAAUACAAAAAAGAUGCUAAUUUAUUAUUUAAUUGCUUUGAAUUGACUGUAACAUUAAAACAACUUGAAGAAUUCUUCUAGUUGUUAAUAUAAAGUUAUCUACUGAUGAAAUUAAAAAAAUUAAGGUAAAAUAUCAUAUAUUUAAUAAGGUUAAGGAUGGGUGUCUAUUUGCAUUUGUUCUAGUUAAUUAUAUUAUUAAAUAAUUAAUAUAGUUUUAAUAGACAUCAAGAUGCUAAAGAAUAAAGAACACUUGGUACAACUCAAAAAAAGGAUCCUUUAAGUACUGGUAGGUUGGAUGGGCUUAAACCAAAAAAGAUAGAAAAUAAUAUAUUUGCAAAAUAUGUAUGCUGAUCAUCUCUCAAGAAUGUUACUGAAGAAAUUAUUACAACUACUCUCAAAAGAAUGUGGAUAUGGUAAUAUUUAAUUGGUAAUCAUAUUAUUUUAUUAUUUCAUAGAUUAGAUUAGAGAAAAUGUAAUAAGGAUUCUAAUAAAUUAUUAGAAUUGGAUAUUUUGUUUUUGUCUAAGCUUCAUAUACUAAUAAAUUGGUUAAAAAUUUUAAAGAAAUUAAAAACCUCUUUGAUCCAAAUGUAGAAACAGCUUGCGUAAAUACUUUUAACAUCUUUUUCCUCAAUAAUCAAUAAUCUUAAUAAAGAGGACACCUAAUAGAAGAUUGUAUUCUAGGCCAUCCCGCACUUGUGCUUAAAGAAUGUCAUAUUCUCCUAAUUAAAUGUAUGAAGAAUGUAAGAUAAUGGAGGAAUGAAAAGAUCUUUCCCAUAAUAAAUUCAAGGAUUUCCUUAACCUUCUAGGCAAAAUAUACCUCUCUAGUUUAAAAACCAGAUAUACAAUAAUAAAUUUCUCCUUAAGUACUUCCUUUCAAUAAAAGUUAAGUUUAGUUGAUUUGA